AUGGCGCCCCUAUCAGUGCUGCUGCUGCUGCUGCUGCCGCCACCACCAGUCCGGUUGUGGGCACAGCUGGAGGACCGGUGCAAAUGGAAUGUGGUACUCAACAAGUACCAGUCCUUGGGACAGGGCAGCGAAAAGUUUUUCGAACAGCUUCCAGUUUCCUUGUAUGAACUCUUCAAGAACCUGAAUGAUUUGCCUGUAGACCGAUCUGAGACGUACAUGGGCUUCCCUUACUAUCUGAAGAUUACUUUAAACUGCUAUUUGAAGGACAAGGGGACCAUAAUCCGUGGGAGUCACCUUACUGGAACGAACCCCAAAGUUCGGAUCUCCUUCUACACCCCUGUGAACUUCCGGAGCUGGAAGUCUGAAAGAUUGCAACUGGACAUGGAAGGAGCACCACUCAAAAGGUCGUGUUUGGCUGAGGAGACAUGUGAUUUGAAUUGGUUCACCCCAAUGCCCAUGAAGAAUGGCAGUCUCGUGAUGGAAGUUGAAAUCAUCUCUAACCACUUGGGAGAGCUCGUUGAAAAUGCCAGAUUCUUGAUAAAUAUCAAUGGGUUUAUGAAAAGAGAGAAGGGCAAACUGAUUUUUACCCUGGGAACUCAGACCAGGGGCAUAACCCACAGAGACUUUAUCAACACUGAGUCUAAGCCUGUCUGGGCUACUAUGGGCCAGGCUCCUGUGCUGAUCCUUGGAGGCAUUCCAGAUGAGAAGAUGAUUCUCAUCUCUGACUCUAGCUUUGAUGAGAUCACCCUGGUGGAGUUGAACAUUGAUAGCUGCUGGCUGGGCUCACUUCAGUGCCCUCAGGAACAGUUCACAGCUUCCAUCUUUGACGCCAUCUGCACCGAAAGCACCCUCUUCAUCCGACAGAACCAGCUUAUCUACUAUUUCACUGGAGAAUACGUAUCCUUGAAAGCCCCUGGAAGCAGCAAUUGGGUCCGAGUCUUGCAUAAUCGGUGUAUCAAGAGACUCUGUCCUGUGGAAACACCUCUCAACGGCUCUGAGUAUGUCUUGGCCUUGACCGGGGGCAAUGAAGAGGGCUUCUUCUUCUUGGGUACCAUCACAGAUGGCAUUGUGACUUUUAAGAUGUUUCCUCUAGAAAAAUCGCUUUGUCAAUACUUCAAAGUUGAUAGCUGUAAGCUUCUCUGGGUGGUGUACAACACGGCGAGGAACAAUUUUAUGCUUCUCAUGGAAUUCACCCAAGGCAAAGUCAGAGAUGCCUGGCUCAUGGAAUAUAUCGCAUACAUUGACAACAGCGUUGUGGACACGGUCUUCAAGCUCUAUGAUAUUCCUCCAUUUGUCCCUAAUGAUGGGGGCUUGGAUUUUGUGAUGCUGCUGGGCAUGGAGACGUACACUGACUAUCCUCUGAUCAUCAAGGGUCUGUGGAUCAAUCCUUUCUCCAACAUGAUGUUCAUUUGGGGCAAUGCUAUUCUGCAGAGCUAUGACUAUAAGAAUUUCAUUUACCUGGCGGAAUUCCCCAAGGAGUCCACCAUAAAGUACCUGGCCAGCAACUACCAAGGCGAAGUGGCCUGUGUCACUGAGACUGAGGAGAUCUGGUUCAUUGUUGAAGGAAGCAUCAAGGUGUAUAAACUGUACCCAUCAGAGGGCUGGGACACACUUUUCGCCCUUUCCCAGAUGGAGGCCUCCAGCCUAUAUUUACGUAAUGAGACCUCAGUCAGUGUCUUUUAUGAUGUUAUGGGUCUGCAGCAGCUAGUCUACCAGGUUGAUAAACAAGGGAAUGGAAAGCUACUGAAAAGGCUACUGCCAGUGAACCAGAUCUUGGUGUAUCAGCAGCUCUCUAUGACUACUCACGAUGAAACUGAAACGUCCAAAGGCAGCAUCCUUUCCUACAGUGCGGUCUGCCCUUUCCAGCUGAUGCAGCUGAGGGACCUGCCAACCCCACAAAUAUUCACAAGGCAGGAGCGAUAUCAUGCAGAUGCCCCUUUUGUGAGUUCCAUAAGUGGCUUCCACAAUAAAUUCUCCUUGGCCAUCUACCAGGGCCUCAUCUACUAUCUUCUCUGGCUCCAUUCCAAGUAUAAUAAGCCCUAUGCUGAUCCUGUCCAUGACCCUACCUGGAGUUGGUGGAAGGAGGAGAAGACAGAUAAGAAUUUUUUUGUCUAUCUAGCCAGUAACUUUCAAAGUACAUAUGGCUUGUACAUUAACAUGGACAGCUAUGUCAAGAGUUACAAGCAGGAGAAGUCAGAUAGACUGCCCCAAUACAUCUACCUGGACAAAGGGGACAUCUACAGCUUCUCUGUUUACCUCACCUCUCCUCAGUCAAUGCAAGUCAGUAGCAUGACGAGCAGGGGUAAUUUGCGUCUGGCUGUGGUGGUGGCUGACCCCAUGUGUGUGGCAACAGAUGUGGAGAAGCAUAAUCUCAUUAACCACAAUGCCAUCCUCUUCAAGGUGUCUAUCCAGGACAAAAAGGCAUGCUUUGAUCAAGGAAUCAGUGGACACAACCUGAUGAAAACAUCUGUACUCAUCAAGGUGGUUGAUUCGGCUGGGAAGUGCUUUCUUAAGACCCGAUCAGGAUAUGAGAUGCUGGGCAAUAACAUGAUACCUAUAUUAAUUGGCUGCCCCCUGGGCAAGCGGUUGGCCUUCGACAUCACUGCUACCCUUAAGUACAACAAGGAAGAAAAUAAGAGAUACUUUGACUGCGUGCACCCAGACCCUGAAAUGCCUUGCUUCUUAUUCACUGAUCCUUUUGUCCCUUUCUUCCUGAUCCAAGACAUGGUGACUGGUGAGUCAGGAAGCUUCAAUGGCAGCUACAUUCUGAAGGUGAUUGGUGGAGGAAUUUCCCUGGAUAACAUCACGGAUUACUCAGAGGCUGACAUCUACCGAUACAACAGCCCUGAGGACAAAUCUGAAAGCCACAUCUGGACCAUCUUAGGCGAGGAAAGAAAAAUCGGUUCCUACUUUAUCCUGCAGCAUAAUACCUCUGGUGUUCAGUGGCUGUGCCUGCAGAACUCUCCCUGUCAUGAUAUUAUACCUAGUCAUAUCUAUUCCCCUGAAUUCUUUUUCAAAAUCAUGGUGAGCAACAGGGAUGUGGACAAGAGCACCUACUGUGAUUAUCAGGUCAUCUUCUUACUCCAUGUCCAUGGCCUUCCACUCAGCAACAACAGGGCCCUCUGGUAUCUAUGGUUAACCCUGUAUGUGAUCUUGGGCCUUCUCUUCUUCUACAUCCUAUGUUGCUUCCUCUUUGUACAUGUAAAGAGAUUCUGGAACAAAAUCAAGGCUAAGUUCACUGAUAUCAUGACUACAGAAUCUUUCUACUCAUACUCAUCAUCUUCCUCCAUGCCUUCCAUGGUCAGCUCUAAGUUCAGUCAGGUGCAGAGCAAUGACGGAGAGAGGGCUUCUGUUCUCAAGCCAAGAGAGAAGAAAAAAACUUGA